AUGUGGUACUAUACCAGACAAUGUUUACAUUGCCCAAGAAUUCCAUGGCCUAUUCUUGGAGAUAUUUUCACCUUAUAAAGAGUUAUCGCUGGGUUUACUGAAUAUUCAGAUUCCUAACUUGUUGAAUACUACAACUUCAUAUAUAAGGAUAAACCAAUACCUAGCGUUUUCAUCGACUUUAGAACUGGGGAAGGCCAACUCAUAAUAAGUGACCCUGAAAUGGUUUAAGAAAUUUAUGUGACAAAGGCUAAAUAUGUAGACAAAUAUCACAGAGGGAAAAAAUUCUAGCAUGAUUUGUUCGGUGAAUCCAUUUUAUUUGAUAGAACCACUGAAGUUCAAGCAAUGAGAAGAAAAAGGCUAUCUACAGCAUUCUACAAGGAAAAGAUGACUUAAAACUUAAACAUAAUCAUCAAAUAGACAUUUAAUUGGGUAUAAGGAAUAAAAUAGGAUAUUAAAUAGGGGAAAAAUGAAAGAGAGCUUGGAUCUAUGAUUGGUGAGCACUUGCUAGAUUGUAUUCUUACUAGUGUAUUUGGAGAGACUAAACACAAGAAAUUUUUGAAAUAUAUCAUAGAAGGAGAUAAUACAGAGGAUGCAUCUCUUACUGUGAUAGUUUCUAGAAUUUUCAUUAAACUUUCUAGGAAACCUUUUAGAGUGUUUAGACUAUUCACCCAUAGCUUAGACACAUGGUAUAUUGGUGAAGAUGAAAAAAAUAUUCACAAAAAUAUAAUCAACUAUAGGAACAUGCUCUCGGAGCUCAUUUACGAGAGAAGAUAAGCAAUGAAAGAUCCUAAUUUUGAUGGAGCUGAUUUUCUUACAUUGCUAUUGACUGAUGAUUUAUACAGAGAGGAUGACAAUUUGAUUAAAGAUGAAAUAACUACAUUCCUGUUUGCAUCAACAUAGACUACGGCAGCUACCAUAACAAAUCUUAUGUAUUAUCUUGAAUUUGUUCCAAAUGUGAGAUAAAAGCUGGUUGAUGAGAUAUGUACUAUGCUAAGUCCAGACAGAGAAAAGCUUCUCAAAAUUGAUUAAAUUGAUAUGACGUAAGAGCUUUGGAUUGAAAAAUUAGGAUAUGAUAAGCUUUAAGAUGACUGGAAAUAUCUAUAUUUGCUAAUAUAAGAAACUUUAAGAAUAGAACCGCCAGUUAGAGCUUCAACACCUCUUUAAUUAAGUGAAAAGCAGAAUAUUUGCGGUAUAGAUAUAGAUACCAAUAUCACCUUUUAAAUCCAUUUCUACUUCUUGUAAAGAAACCCAAAGGAAUGGUAAUAGCCUGAUAAGUUUAUACCUGAGAGAUUUGAUCCAGAGAGUCCAUUUUACCUCACUCCAGAUGGCAAGAAAAGAAAACCAAAUAGCUUUAGUCCUUUCUUUGGAGGCAAAAGAAUAUGCCUGGGUAAAACCUUCGCUGAGAAUUUCAAAAAGCCUAUCCAUUAUGAGAAGAAAGUGCCAAAAACGUUUUUCAAUGAGAUUAAUGUUCCAAUUAUAUUGUCAACAAUCAAGUGA